GACCCCCUCAGCCAGAGCCCUGUAGCUCUACAGCUGAAACACAGAAGUCAAGGGCUCAUGUGAACCUCCACUUGUUUUUCUGCAGGAUUAUUACUGCACAUUAAUGACACUUUCCAAGUUAAUCUGCUACAGGUCAGAGACCUCUCCACCUCCUGCCUUCUUCAGCAACAACAACAGAUCCUCUGUUAAUCUGCAGGGACUCCACCGCUGAGCAGAGAAAACCAAAACAACAACCUAACGCAAAACCACAAGGUAAUAACAUCUGGUGACGUCUGCCUGCACAAAAACUUGCAGGCCAGGACCCUUUAUGUGGACAACAUGGAGUUUCAGAGAUUUGGGUUGGAGGAGGAUGAUGAUGAAGAUGAUGCAGCUACUCAGUACAUGAUUGAACAGAGUCUGAUGGAGAGCAACAAACAGAAGGAAACUCACAGAGAGUCCACAACACGAGGCGGCAGGAGCUCUGGGCCCGACUACACAGACAGCAGGACAAUCUUCACCGCCAUUAGACAAGGUAACGAGAAGCUCCUGAAGGAUCUGUGCGUCAAACAGAAAGAUAAGUUUCUGCAGACAGACAGCAGAGGUUGGAUUCCUCUUCAUGAAGCAGCAUCUCAGAGCAACCAAACUGUCCUGGAGCUCACAUUCAAAGCUUCAGGCAGGGACUCUCUCGAGAGUCGAACUCUCCGUGGUCAGACUCCUCUGUUCCUGGCAGUAGAACAAGGUCUGAUAGAAAACGCCUCCUUCCUCCUCAAACAUGGAUCCCAGCCAGACAGUCAGGACCACGACCAGGACUCACCUCUGUUUGUAGCGAUCCGUUCAGACCGAGCUGACCUAGUGAAGAUGCUGCUCCUGCUGGGCUCCAAGGUGAACCAGGAGGGCUGCCACGGACGCUGUCCCAUCCAUGAGGCCGCGCGGUUGGGCAAAUCAGCACUGGUGAACCUGCUGCUGGAGGCCGGAGCCCGGCCGGACCCGCGCAGCCACUAUGGCCUCACCCCGCUGGCUCUGGCAGCUCAGGCUGGACACCUGGAGGUGGUGCAGACUCUGCUGAGGAGAGGUGCAGAUGUCCUGUCCCAGGCUCAGGAUGAGGCGACCAUCCUGUACGAGGCGUCUGCAGCCGGAGAUCCAGCUGUCAUCAGUCUGCUGCUGGAGUACGGCGCUGACGCCAACGUCGCCAAACGCACAGGACACAUGCCGAUCCACCGCGUCGCGCACAGAGGACACCUGGAAGCUCUAAAGCUGCUGAUUCCAGUAACUUCAGUGGGAGAAGUAAAUGACAGUGGGAUGAGUCCUCUACACUCUGCUGCAGCCGGAGGACACACACACUGCAUCAAGGUCUUGCUGGAUGCAGGUUACGACCCCAACUACAUGCUCCACCCCUGGGUUCGCCGUAGCUAUGACGACGAGAGGAAGUCGGCUCUCUUCUUUGCAGUCUCCAAUAACGACGUGCCGUGCGCCAAACUGCUGCUGGAGGCUGGAGCCAUGGCCAACCAAGACCCAGUCAAAUGUCUGCAGGUUGCACUGCGUUUAGGCAACUAUGAAUUGAUCAACCUGUUGCUGAGGUUUGGAGCCAACGUCAACUAUUACUGCAGGAUAAACACCACACACUUCCCCUCAGCUCUGCAGUACGCCCUGAAAGACGAGGUGGUACUCAGGAUGCUGUGUAACUAUGGUUACGAUGUGGAGCGCUGCUUCGACUGUCCCUACGGCAACGGCUCCCACAUCCCUGAGGACUAUGAGGGAUGGACCAACAGUGUGAUCAAAGACACUAUGUUCUGUGAGGUGAUCACUGUCUCCUGGCUGAAGCACCUCUCGGGUCACGUCGUUCGCAUCCUGCUGGACUACGUGGAUCAUGUGACCUUCUGCUCCAAGCUGAAGGCGACUGUGAUGGAGCAGCCGCAGUGGCCCGACAUCUGCAGGCUGCAAGAAAACGCCCGCUGUCUGCAGCAUCUCUGUCGGCUGAGGAUCCGUCGCUGUCUCGGUCGCCUUCGUCUCCGAUCACCCGUCUUCAUGAGCUUCCUGCCAUUGCCGGGGCGACUGAAGGACUACAUCCUGUACCGGGAGUACGACCUGUGCGGCCGGCAGAGCAGCACGCCGGGCUGAUGCAGGAGCGAGGAGACGGACAAAAUCCUGAGAAAGUAGUUUAUAUAUGAACAUGUAAAAAUAUCAUCAGAUUUUGGAAACAGCCAGUGAGCUCAGUGUGACCCUGAGGUACUGAGGUCACAGUGCUUCCUUCGUCCUUUUUGACACUUUCCCUACAUGCUCCAGACUUUCCUCCAGACUGCUGCAGCAUGUGUUUUCACCAUUUACUUCAGCCUUAAAUUAAACAGUAGUUGCUGCUUGUUUUCAUCAUCAA